UAUCCCAGUCUACACAUGUCUAUUAACUAUUCAGUACCACACAGGGUCGAUAUACCUGUGACGAACUUGGAUGAUGAUAGUGAUGAUGAUAUCCUAUUUAAUGAGCAGAUCAGGUCUCGUUCAAGUUCACCCCUUCCUCGAGGCGACAGUUUUCUGGACAAUACAAUAAAUGACUUGGACUACGAAUUCUCUACCAAGUGCACAUCUCCUUUCCUAGAUCGGAUCAAAGGCCUUUUUGGCAGAAAUAACUACCGCCAUGUCGAGAGCUAUGAGCUUCGUGACACCCUUGAUUUGAAUGACUUUAACUUACGUGAUGACGAAGAGAACUUGAAUACUCGCUCCCAAACCAUCAAGAGGAAACACUUCAAAGGGCUAGUGUUUUUCCUCACCACCACUGUGGUCUUCAUGACAUUAUACUUUCUCAAAGGCUCGGCCGGGACUCCAGCCGUUGCAUUGAAAACCACCUAUUCCAAUACUACCCACAGCUUCUAUCCAACCACGAUAGUGAUUUCUCUUGAUGGGUUCCACCCCCACUAUGUGAGUGCUAAAUUGACUCCCUCCUUACAUGACAUGAUGAUGAAUGAAUACGGAGCUCCCUACAUGAUUCCUUCUUUUCCCUCGUCUACUUUUCCUAAUCAUUGGACUUUGGUGACGGGCCUAUAUCCUUCUGAGCAUGGAAUUGUAGGUAACACAUUUUAUGACCCUAAGCUCAAAAAGCAGUUUGUGAACACGAAUCCAAAAGAGGGAGGAUUAGACCCUGACUUCUGGAGAGGUGGAGAGCCGAUCUGGGAAACUGCUUACAAACAGGGGGUGAACUCUGCUGUUCAUAUGUGGCCAGGUAGUGAGGUUCCAGGAGUGGGCAUAGGUAAUGGUCCUUUACACGUCGAUAGAUACAACGGGCUGGAGCACCUAUCGUCGAAGGUGGACAGGGUAAUGGCAUGGUUGGAUGUGGACCAUAUAAGUGAAAGACCUGAAUUGAUCUUGACUUAUGUGCCCACAAUUGAUCUGUACGGACACCAGUUUGGAAUUAGUGGGCCUAAGAUGAGACGUGCUUUGGCUUCUGUGGACGAUUUCGUCAACAUGAUGAGAAAGGAAAUCACUUUUCGUCUGUUGGAUGACAUUGUCAAUUUGGUAAUUGUAAGCGAUCAUGGAAUGGCACCUACUUCCAAUAACAGAUUGUUGUUCUUGGAUGAUAUAAUUGAUUUACUGAAGAUCCAACAUAUUGAUGGCUGGCCAUUAUUCGGGUUAAGGCCUUAUAAGGAAUAUUCUGUCGAUGAAAUCAUCGAAGAAUUGAAUACCAAUAUCAACAAAUUGGAUGACUCCGUCAAGAAUAAUUUCGACAUCCAUACGGUUGAGACUUUACCUAAAGAGUGGGAUUUCGGAGGGGAUCUCAACGACCAUAAAUUCAACUACAGAUUGGCACCUAUCUGGAUUGUUCCCAAGGUUGGUUACUCCAUUACUACUCACCAACAAAUGGAUGAGAAACACAAUGACUACACUCCCAAAGGUGUCCAUGGGUAUAACAAUACCGAGUUGCUCAUGAGAGCCAUUUUCUUGGGUUCUGGUCCUUAUUUCAGAGCCAAAUUAACCGGAGAAAACAAAAGAGUGCAGCCUUUUAGGAACACUGAGGUUUAUAAUUUGAUAUGUGAAUCCUUGAGUUUGAAACCGUCACCCAAUAAUGGUACAAUGGAUAAUGGGUACAUUAUUUCUGCUAUCGAUGAAAGGAACCUACUUCCAGAUGAAUGGAGUGAACCUUUGUCGUAUCCGAACUUGGAUUACCAUGUGGAUAGCAUUGUUCAGAAUGCUACAUAUGACCUUUUGUGGAGACAGCAAGUUGCUGACAAGAGUGAUACCCAUACCCAGUCCAACCCCAAACAGUCAUUAUCAGUUGAGGAAUCAACUCUUGCUGCUGAUCUAGAUGUUUCUAUCCCUAAACCUUUUGACAUUGUGUCAACUGCCACAAAGAUAAAUCAAAUAACAACACCUACGGAGGGUCCUUCUCCUGGUGGGUUUCUUGAUAAUCUCUUGGACCAGAUCUCUGAAGUGGGAGAAGGUAUCGAGGACCUGUUCGAAGAAGUUGGAGACCAUUUGAAAGAUACCUGGAAGGAUCUCGAGCUGUUUAUAGAUGGUGAUAAAAAUCGUUAAGGUUUAUAAAUAUUUUUAAGUACAUGAGAGCUAUAAAAACCGUUUUCCGCUGUCAUUUAAUCAUCGAUACUAUCAUGAAGUAAGUUGGAUAAGUGCUGUAGCACGGGUAAUUGCAGCAAUGUUUCACCAACAUUAGGACUCUGUCUUUCCUCGCUUUUUGUUGAAUUUGGGGUCUGAAGAAAUGGAGAAUUGCACCCUUCCCGUUCUGGAGUUUCCAAAGUAGAUGAAAACCCGUUAUCACUGUUGAUUAUACUUGUUCUAGAGUGCUUCUUAGGAGUCUCCAAGAACUCAUGCUCCAGAACCGUGCAAAUUUGGGUGAGUUUCACAAUCGCAGAUUUGGGCAAUUGAGCAAAAGCAGGUGAUUCAAGAAUGGUCGACCAAGAAGCCUUGAUUAGUUGAGCUAACUUUUCAACCAAUAGUGUUUCGUUGGCUGUGAAAACAUUGCACCACAUGUUCAAAAUAGACCUUACCCGAUCUUCAGUCUGUAAGUUUACACUUGGGGCUUCCGCUUCCAAAAGAGAGUCCAAAUUAUCAUAAAGCUUGUUCAACAUCAAAGUCCGAAGGUCAAUUAGCUCAUAAAAGUUGGAAAGGAUAAGAACUCCGGAGUAGUCUUCAUAAGUAAAUUUAUCGAUGUAUAAAGACUCAAACUCAACAGAACCAGUAUACAAAUAGUAAAUCAUGGCUUUUACCCAGCACGAUGGCUCUGGUAUAAACAUCUUAUUGAGUUUUGCUUCGCUCAUUCCACUUUCAAUGAGUCUUCUAAAGUAUGGCCAUCUUGCUAAUAAAAUCAUUCUGUGAACGUUGAGGACUUCAAAUUGGCAGUUAUCAGGUCCAUCUUCAAACAUUGAAACAUCUUCGAGCAUCUCUGGAUUAUCUAAGUACUUGACUCUUGCAUUGGUUUCUUUAAAGCAAUAGAUUUUGAAGUCAGUGAACUCUUGGCUUUCUAAAAACUUUCCCAUGUCUGCUUGUAGAAGAGAGUCUGUGCUUGCUCUAGGAUCGUUUAACUUGAUGCCCAACUCUUCAAGGGGUAUGCUGAGAACGACAGAGAUAUUUCCGUUCUCCACCAAAUCGAUAUCCAGGUCACGGAUUAUACGGUCGUCAAAUUCGUAGGCAGUCUCAUCCUCAGAUUCAGCAACCAUUUCCUCAUCAUCUGUGAGCUCAUCUUCUUCAUCAGCAUUGGAAGUAGCAUUAAUAUGAUUGUCGGCCCUGACAG